UUUGUUCGGUUCGACUUCGACCUGCUGAGGGCGAACAAGGGGCAGCACAUCUAUGCGAAGCACCGGGGGGACCCCGCAGUCAAGAAGAUCCCGCGGUUGUACGUCACCAAGAACGUGCAGAUGCCUACUCUGUUUACGGACACGGACGCCUUCCUGGCCACCGGCAUCCCCAAGGAGGUCCGCACGUGGUCGUGUCCGAUGCCUGGGUGUGACGUCGCCACCGCAGCCCCGCUGCUCACCCAGCCCGUGCGCACGCGGCUUUUGCGGCACCACUGGUCGACGGCUCACAAGGACGAGUUGGAGUAUGACAGUUUUUCGAACAAGAGCAUUGGUUUCAAUCAGUCUGCGACUCAGAAGGCCCACUGCCUGAUCGGCGUGGAGGCUAUGUGGAAGGAACGGACUGUGUCCAAAUGGCACGACAGACAGGUAAACGGCCACCACUUCAAGGUCGUGGAGCUCGGGUCGGCGAUCUGGGGCAAGGAGCAGAACAAGUCCCCCGCCGGCCGGACGCACCUGAACGGAGCGCCGUCGCGGCAGCGCACGUGCAUUCACUGCUUCGGCGUGUGGCCGAUGUGCCGCAACGGGGAGGAGGUCGCGAACUUCCGAUGCCAGGGCCUUGCCGACGGGGGCCUCAUCUGGCGCACCGAGAACCACCUCUGGAAGUGGCAUCACACCACAGUGGCAGACAGGACCGCCCUCAAGGAGCUCUGGGACCAGGGUCGCACGCCCAUGUCCUCGCAGCAGUGGGAGACGCUGUCCAAGGCGGCGGACUUGGUCGCGCAGACGCGGGCCGCGACGGAGCCGCAGCAGAUCCAGGACCUGGUGGUGCAGACGGUCGCGGCCAUCAACAGCCUCAGCGACGGGGACUUCACCAAGAAGGCGGUGGCGCAGCAGGCGGAGGCGGCCGCCGCGCCGCACGAGGCUGGCGAGCUCACUCUCGCCACUGCGAAUGUCAGUUCUUGGCACGCUCACAGCCGUGCUCUCCUCAACGCGGCUGUGCAGCACCAGUGUGAUGUCGUCAUGUUACAGGAGUGUCGCCUGACACAGAUGCAGCUCAUUACUCAGCAGUCCACGCUGCGCCAGUCCAGAUUUACUCUCUACAGAGGCACAUGGGCAGAGGAGGCAGGCGUCCACCACUCGGCUUCACGGGAAUGCGUCGGUGGGCUUUGCUUUCUUGUUCACAAUGACUGUCAAUUUCGUUUGAUUGAUUCUGCGCGCAUGCCCGGCGGGGAGGCGGCCAUCGGCGUCGUAACGGCCGGCUCCUUCACCACUGUCGUGGGCAACGUGCACAGGCGGUCAGCUUCCUCCGAUGCUGAAAAGCUGGCGCUGGAGGAAUGGAUACAAGGAGUACUGGCCACGUGGAACUCCGACCAGACCGUUUUCUUGGGGGGUGACUUCAACGAGCUCCCGCACCGGGUCGAUAUGGAAAAGAUGUGUGGCGGCAGCUUCCGCGUGGUGGCAGGCAUGCGGCCGACCCGGCGCCAAGGGAAUCGUAACAUAGAUUACUUCGUGGUGCGGGCUCGUGGGGGCCUCCGCGCAACAGUCUCUGAUGUUCCGAUUGCAGAUCACUGCCUCGUCUACAUGAACAUCCCCGCUUCGGGGCUCACGAUCGACAGAGGCAUGCAAUGGGAAAGGGCAGAGAGCGCUCUGCGCGUUGCCUCGGACACGCCGGCCGCCAAGGGUUGGAAGCACCAGUCCAAGAUUCGGGAGCGCCCGAAGCCGUCGGACAUCCUGCCGAGCAGCCUGCAGCUCUCGCCGGAGGAGGACAUGCUGCGCUGGCACGUGGCCCUGGACGAGGACUGCUCGCGGAGGUCAUGGGCAGAGCGGCAGCAAUUCCAGAAAGAAGAGGCCACCCUGCGCCGGAGGCUCGCCCUCCCUUCCGACGCCGCUUUUCGGGCAAGGCGGAAGGCUGCCGACAAGCGGCUGCGCGACAUGCUGUCGAAGGAAGAGAACGAGCGACUGGCCGCCUGGCGCCGGAAGCUGAACGACAUGCGCGGCUACGUGUACCGGUGGGUAAAGGGA